UGAGAUCACAUCCUUCCGCACAACCUCAGUACAUUCACACUCAAUUUACGGACCAGAUUUGGCACAGUAGACGUUUUUCUCAGAUAGGGCAAAUUUGACAAGCGGUUCGGUUUUACGCUGAGAUGCCAUAAAACCAUGCAGAGCCCCUGAGGAAAUCUUCUGUUGUCUUUUCGGAGCUCACUAUUCGGCUUCGUUUUAUUUCUUUUCUCAUCGGGUCAGACUGCCAUCAAUUCCUGAUUGAGUUAGAUGAAUUUGCCCACAAUGUGGGGCAGAGGCGAUUUUGAGGAUGGAUAUGAAUCUUAUAAAACAGGUUCCAGUAACACCAGUUCUCCAGGAUGGGUGCCUGGCUAUGACCCAGCCUGGCAGGGCAACCCCUCAGGCCCUGGUAACAGUAGUCGUGGGCGUCGCCACAGCAUAGCUUCUGACAGCGGCGAUACAGGCAUCGGCACCUCUUGCUCCGACAGUGUGGAAGACCAGUCAAGCUCCAGUACCACACCUUCAUCCUUCCAGCCACUGACCCAGCAUCGUUCUGGCCAGGGUGGGGGAGUAGGCGGCAGCCUCCCCACAGCCCAUGUCAUGCCGUCCCCAUCCUCCUCAGGCUCUGUCAAACUCAGCAUGCCACCCUCUCCUAGCAGCACUAGUCCAUGGAGCAGCUCAUGCCAGCUGCUCAUGCCAGCCACAUCUCCUCUGAGUGCACCAGGCUGUUUGGACAUGAAGGACUCCUGGCCCAUCCGGAGGUGGUCCUCCCUCACUAGGCUGUCAGCUGGGGCUGAAAAGAGCUCUGCUAGGGAGUCCGGGUAUCGGUGCAACCCAGACUCACAUGGCUCCUUAGAUAGAGGACUGCUAUAUGGGUACAGACAGGACCCUCUUGGCUCAACCGUGGACCCAUAUCUACCUUCAUCCUCUUCCUCAUCAGUCUCACAAGGUUUGCUGCUGCGCUCACCUGGCGCUAACCCCUGCUAUCGCUACAACCUGAGUGCUAAAUCUGCUGGUAUCGAUUCAUCCCGAUCUUCAGCCAUGUCCUCCCCUAUGAAACCCAGCAGUCUAGACCUGAAUUACAGUGCCUUGCCGGAGAGCAGGCUGUCAUCAGGGGUAGGGGCGGGGUCUGGCCUUGGCUUACACAGCCAGCGAGGCCUGACGCUGGGUCACCAGGCUGGCGGGGGCUCCCCCAUCCAGCCCGCCGUGCGCACCCAGAUGUGGCUGAGCGAGCAGAUGGAGUACAGGCCCGGACUCGAACUGGGAGGCGGACUGGGUCGGACCAGUGGGACUGAAGCAGAGGGCUGUGGUGGAAGCGGGCUGUUGUCAUGGCAACAGGAGCCUCAGCAGAGAGAGAGAGAAAGGCUACGACAUGAAGCAGAGCUCAACCAGAUGCUGUCGGGGACCUCCCUCCCUGUCAACACUCUGGUGAAGAUUAAGGAGGGGCUGCUGAGACAGAGAGAACUGGAGAUAGACAGACAAAAGCAGCAGAUCCUGCAGCUCCAUGCCCGGAUCAGAGAGAACGAGCUCAGAGCGCAGCAGGUCCUUCAGAGUCAGAAGGGACACUGUGACGACCCUUACAUCCUCAAAACUAAGGAUUUGGUGGCGGGAGGUGCGCCUGGGCAGCCAUCUGAUCGGCUGUGCUGUGACAACGAGGAGCUGGGCAGGAAACUGGCAGCGGCUGAGCUGGAAGUCCUCCAUCUUAACGACUUCCUCAAGCAGAACACACAGAAAUACACUGAGGACAUAAGGAAACUGGAGGAGAAGAUGAAGACAAGGGACCGCUACAUCAGUAGUCUCAAGAAGAAGUGCCAGCGAGAGAGCGAGCAAAACCGAGAGAAACAGCAACGCAUUGAAACACUGGAAAAAUACCUGGCUGACUUGCCAACGCUGGAUGAGGUGCAGGCUCAGGCCCAGCAGUUGGAGGAGGUACAACAGAAAUCCAAGAAUCUAGAGGAGACUGUGUCUCGGCUGGAAAAGAGCCUCGAAGAAAGUUGUGCGCUUAUGAAGGAGAAAGAGGACCUGAUUGAAACCCAGGCCAAAAAGGAGAAAGAGCUGGUAGCAACAGUGAACAGCCUGCAGCAGAAGGUGCAGCAGUGUUUAGAAGACGGAGUGAGGCUGCCCAUGCUGGACCUGAAGCAGCUAGAGGUGGAAAACACUCAGCUACUAGAGCAGCAAGACCACAGCAGCAAGCUGAUUGAGCAACAGAAGAAGCAGAUCGAGAGACUAACCCAGGAGCUGACGGCCACCGAGAGCAGGCUGCACAAGGAGAGAGGCCUUUCUCAACAGCUACAGUCUCAUCUGCUGGAAAAGGAGGAUGACCUAGCUACCCUGUCCAGAACCUUCCAAGAGCAGCAGGUGGACAAAGAGGUAUUGGGGUGUCCAGUAUCCCAUGUGGAGUUGCCAGAGGCUGGCUGUCUACUAAAGGAGAUGUCCCUGUGUCUGCUGGACCUCCAGGCUCUUUGCAGCAUCCUGGCCCAGAGGGCACAAGGCAAAGAACCCAACCUGGCCCUGCUGCUGGGCAUCAAAUCAAUGAGUGUUUCUGGAGAGGAGAACGACAACAGGGUGGUGGUGGUGGAGGACGAGCUGAGAGCCAAGCUGCUGGAGGUUGGCCAGCUGAGGCGAGACAUUGAUGAGUUGAGGAAAAACAUCUCAGACCGCUAUGCUCAGGAUAUGGGCGACAACUGUGUCACCCAGUGACGCCCAUCACCCUCCAGCAUUGACGCCACUGCUCUAAUGCUGGAUUUUUCUCAUGUCCAUCUCUUCCUCACCCUCUCUCCAUUAGGCCCCCUCACUUUUGAGGCCUCCAAAUUUAACCGAUAACCUGAAAAAACUGUUUUAUAAGGGAUUUCUUAACAGUUAGGUACAGAGAGUCUUUUUAUUUUAAUACCAUUCUAUAUUUCGGGGAGAUGCACUGUCUCCAGAUUUCUGAAUGUAAGACCAAGCUGUGAAUCAAGUUUACGUGAAGCUGAAGUCUUCUUCUCUUUGUAUGUCGCAGCUGAGAGGAAGUGAUCAGUGAGGCUUCCAUUGUGUCGGAAAUGAGCUCUUUGACGGUCAUGGUUCGUCUGCUCUUACAAAAAGGGACUGUGUAUGUUUUUAUGUACCAAAACACACACAAGUAUGUCCUCCCUCCCAAACCCACUGGCCAGUAGGGAAACAACUCAACUGCUGCUAGGUCAAAGUGCCUCUUGAAGUGACAGCUGAUUCAAUCAGCUGCCGGCAUCUAAAACUAAUGUCUGUGUCCUCAUUACAUCCAGCUUUGUUUAUGAAGCCGUCACAAAUGAUCGCUAAUUCAACCUCUCUAAGAUCGUUAUCCCAUUUGGUUUAUGCUCCGAUCUGAUCCGAUGUGACAGACACUCAUGUUUGGCAACAUCUAUCAACUAAUCUGUGUGAAAGAAAUUCUUUUGAUGGAGAUACAGAUUUAUUUCCACAUUAUUGUAAAUAGAGUGCUGGUGUAGUUUUAGUUCUGUCUGGCUACAUCAGCACCUAUACCAUCUUAUACAGAUGUGUCUUGAGGUUUGAUGCCUUGUUGCAACUGAUAACUGUCAGAGAAUGCAAAAAUUUAAAAAUACAAUGAAUACUACUGUAUUAGUUUGUAGUAGAUGUUUUUCAUGGUAAUGGUAAUAUAAAAUUGCAUUAUACUAAGAUCAUUAAAUCAUCAUAAGGGAUAUAACUUUUUAAAUUAUUACAUUAUCAGCAUAAUCAUGAUAUUGCAUUAUCUGGUGACCUAUUGCAUUGACAAGUUUAACUUGAUUUUUAACUUGACAUUUUUAUAACUUCUUAUAUUACCUGUCAGUUAUCACAUUAUCAGCUGCUAUGAGUAUCACAAACCAAACAUACAUAAUAAGUUUACAUUAUUUGUGGAAAUAAAUUAGGCAUUUGCCCAGCAUGUUUUCACAUCUUUUUUUGGCUAUCCGACUGGCUAAGCAGACUGAACGCAGCUGGUCUGUUGGCAUGUGUUCAUAUGUUCAUAUAUUCAAACUCAGAUCAGACCGGAGCAUAUUCUACUUUUCAGAAAUCAGAAGUCAUUGCUUCAUUCAGCAGGUUGCAGGUCAACCUCUCCUGAGCAGCAGUUCCACCCUCAAA